GCUCAAGAAACGAUCUAUUCGUCACUAGAGAUCUUCUUCUUCUUCUUCUUCUUCUCUCUCUCUCUCUCUCUCUCUCUCUCUCUCUCUCUGUUCUACAGUAAGGGGUUUAAAAAAGAUGAAGCUGGAUACAAGUGGGUUCGAGACCUCAAUGCCUACGAUUGGCUUCGGCUCUAGCAACGAUAUGCUUGAUGGAUUUUCUACUGUGCCCUCCUUUGAUCUUCCCCGCACCACAGAUUUUGAUGGGUUUCAGAAAGAAGCAGUACAGAUGGUGAAGCCUGCCAAAGGAACAACCACGCUCGCUUUUAUAUUCAAAGAAGGUGUCAUGGUCGCUGCUGAUUCUCGUGCUAGCAUGGGUGGAUAUAUCUCCUCACAAUCUGUGAAGAAGAUUAUUGAAAUCAAUCCUUAUAUGCUUGGUACAAUGGCUGGAGGUGCUGCUGACUGCCAAUUCUGGCACAGAAAUCUUGGAAUUAAGUGCCGUCUACAUGAGCUGGCAAACAAGAGGAGAAUCUCUGUUUCAGGAGCUUCAAAACUUCUGGCAAACAUGCUCUAUUCAUACCGUGGAAUGGGUCUUUCUGUCGGCACUAUGAUCGCUGGAUGGGACGAAACUGGUCCUGGACUAUACUAUGUUGACAACGAAGGAGGAAGGCUCAAGGGAGACAGGUUUUCAGUCGGUUCUGGUUCACCAUACGCUUACGGUGUCCUAGACAGCGGGUACAAAUUCGAUAUGUCAGUUGAAGAAGCUUCCGAGUUAGCAAGGAGAUCAAUCUACCAUGCGACAUUCCGUGAUGGAGCCAGUGGUGGAGUUGCUAGCGUGUACCACGUGGGUCCUAAUGGAUGGAAGAAACUGUCAGGAGAUGACGUUGGGGAGCUACACUAUCACUACUACCCCGUUCCACCAGAAACUGCGGAACAAGUCAUGGAGGAAGCAGCCGCUGAGUAAGGAGAUCCGUUUUACUUCCAAAUGAUUCACUCUCUUUUAUGUGUGUUUUGCUAUUUUAGUAAGUAUACUGAGUUUUUAUCUAGCUCUCAAGUACAAGGUUCUCCUUUUUUUUUAUCUGAAUCUGCAAAUACAUGUUCCCAUUACUUUGUUCAAGCAGCUCUUUUUAACUCUCA